AUGCGAGCUGCUCCUUCUCUAGUUUAUAACUGGAACAUUGACCAUCUCCCAGUUACCGAGAACCUUAAGCACUUAGAGAGUGAACAUGACGAUGAUGACGAUGAUGAUGAUGACGACGACGACGAUGGUGAUGAUAAUGCAAAACUAAAUAAAUUAUUUGGAGGUAGAAGAAUAAAUCGUCAAGUAUGGUAUAAAGGUGACGGCAUCCGAUUUGGCAGGUAUGAUCGCCAUAAACCCUAUAUCAUGUUUUACAAUCAUUUUAAUUUUGAAAUUGAAUACCAUGAACAUGUUCCUGGGCAGUAUAGAGUUGUAGGUGCUGCUGUGACUCCAGAAUCUAAAAACUAUACGACACAAGAAAGUGCUGCCAAGUGUUCGGCCCCCAAGUCGCCAAUAUCGUUCCCUGCUGGAAGACCCCAGAAUGCCCAAAGUAUAAAUAUCACAUAUAGCUACUCUGUCAAGUGGAUCAAAUCCGAUGUUCGUUGGGCCUCGAGAUGGGACAAAUAUCUCGCUCUGCGAGGCUCUCGUAUCCGUUGGAAACCUCUUAUUACUCUUAUUGUUGUCAGUACUAGUACUAUACUAUGUGCAGUUCUGAGUGAAAUAGCUUUUUGUUUUGUUCUUCAGGAGGUUACUAAAAUUCAGCAGGCUAAAUCCAAUCCUAAUACUAUUACGUCCGGGUUAAAGUCAUUAAAGGAAGUAGCUCUUCGGAGCCCUAAAAACACCCUAUUACUCAGUGUACUGGUUGGCAACGGGUGUCACUUGUUUGUUUUGGCCCUUCUUACUAUUGUAUUUGCAGCCAUUGGAGUCCUUUCUCCUGAAAAACGUGGUUCCAUCGCUACCAUGGCUAUUUAUACCUACUCUUUUACAUCCAUUAUUGCUGGAUACACUGCGGCCUAUUGCUUUAGGGCCUAUAAAGGUGAAGAUUUUGUUCAGGACGAAGACGAAAACGAAGAGACUAUCAUCAAGACUGACCUGACCUUGUGGUCAACUUUAUUCUUAUUAACUCCUGUACUUAUCCCUGGAUUGGUAUUUGCUACCUUUCUUGUACUAAACCUAGUGAUUGUUGUUAGAGGUUCAGAUGGUGCUGUGCCAUUUCCUGCGAUUUUGAAACUGACUGGUCUGUGGUUUUUUGUAUCUAUCCCCUUAUCACUUCUUGGCAGUCUCAUAGGCAAAAAACGGCCCAUGAAUGGCUAUAAAAAAUUGGUUUUUAAGUCCAACUCACCGGCUCCUGAAAUCCCUAAACUUCCUUUCCUUCUUAAACCAAUCACCCGUACUAUGCUUGCUGGACUAUUACCAUUUACUGCCGUUGCUGCUGAGUUGGCUCUUAUUGCGAACUCACUCUGGCUGAACCAAGUGUUUUUCAUGUUCGGAUUCCUCAUGGCAACAUAUAUUAUUUUAGUUCUAGGCUCGGUCGUUAUCACCAUUGGCACUGUUUAUUUGAUGUUAUUGGCUGGUGAUUAUCGAUGGCAAUGGUCAAGUUUUAUCCUCUCCGGGUCUCCUGCUAUCUAUGUUUUCCUAAGUUGCUUGUCUCUACUCAUAUUUAGAUACUCGUACAACGGUUUGACUGCUAUCUUGUUAUAUGUCAGUUACAGCUUUCUAUUAUCUGCCGCUAUCUUCUUCAUAACCGGAAGUAUUGGUUUUCUCUCCACCUGGGCCUUUGUCCACUAUAUUUACUCGUCUGUGAGAAAUGACUAG